UCAUUGAUAGAUCAAAUAAAAAAUCAAAUUCUACAAGAAAGACUCCAUCAAAAAGACCUUUUAACUCUAAUAAAAGACGAAGAUCACGAAAGCUCAAUCGUCGAUCAGUACCAGGAGGACCAGAAUCAGGAUCAAGAUCAUAUUCCAAUUUCAAUAAUUCCAAUAAUUCCAAUAAUUCCAAUUCCAAUUCCAAUUCCGAUUCCGAUUCCGAUUCCGAUUCAUAUGAAAAUAAUAAAGAUGAAUAUUUUAUAAUUAUUAACGAUAAUGACUUUGAUAGUUGUUCGGAUAAUAAUAAUGAUAAUAAUAAUAAUAUGAUAAUACCUAACGUAAAUUCUGAUACGUGCGAAUUAUCUACUUCAAAUUGUAAAGAUCAACAACGUUCAAGAUCUUCUUCUUUUGAUGAUAAUGAUUACUUGGAAAAUACUCGUAUAAUUAAAGGUUCAGUCGAACAUUUCGCUUAUAUUCGUACUUUAAGAAAAUUACGUAGGGAUAGACAACGUCCAAUGAAUCAAGCUGUCUUAUUAAAUAAUAUUUUAGAAAAUAUUUCUAUUCCUUCAUUAUUAUCUGAUGAAAUACGUAAAGAAUUAACUCAUUUUAAAUCAAGAGUUUAUGAAUUAAAUAGAUUAAAAAGAAAUAGUAUCUUUAAUAUAAAUGAUACAAAUGGUGGAUCUCUUUUUAAUAAUUCAAUUUCAUCUUUAUGUCCUACAUCAUUGAUGAAUAAAAGGUUAUCAGCAAUAAUUGCUGAAGUACAACCUGUUUCCCCAAUUACAACGAAAUAUCGACCUUCUUAUGCUUCUUCAAAAGUAGUAACAGUAUUUGAUGAAUUUUCAAAUCAAUUGAUCGUGAAAGAUUUACCUGUGGCAAGAAGAAAAAGAAGAUUAAGUGAUUUAUCAAAUAUUCUUGUUCGAUCAGGUUCAUCAUCUUCAACAACUUCAACAAAUUCUUCCCAAUCUUCUUUGGUAACUUUAACUGAUGAUGCCGAACAAUUAAAAUAUUCAACUUUAACAAAAGAACCAGAAUCUUAUAUACCAAAUCAUAUUAUUAUAAGAAAAGAUGGUGAUGAUGAUGGUGAAGGUUGUUAUGAAGAUGAUGUACCUUUAUUUGUUCUCAAAGAACAAUUUAAAUAUUCUGGGAGAGGUUAUGGUUUCAUGAAGAAUAAUUUACUUUCUCUUGAAGGAAAUGGACCUCCUUGUGUGACUUUGACCGUGUAAUGAAUGACUGGCCGUUUUACUUAAUGAUUUUAAGGUUGAAUAAAAUGGAUACUGUACCAUAUAUAUAUAAUUCUUUUUGAAAAGUUACUUUUAUUAUACUAUUAUUUAUUAUGUUAUUAUUAUUGUACAUAGUAUACUUUAUGUGAACUUGGAAAAUUUGUAGAUGUAGAUUUUUGAUAUAUGGUGAAAAUGAACAAUUUUGUUAUUUUGGAUUUUUCACGUAACGAGAAAUUUUUUUACAACAAUGCCUAAAGUAACGAAAUUAGUGACACUUGGGUCACCAAAAAAAACCAAGGGUAUCAAUUAUGAAUAUAUAAAUAUUUUUUUU